GAAUUUAAGACCAGAAGGGUCUUGAUUAUGGUACAGCCGAAAAUGAUUGGCAGUACAUACCUCCCCUUACCAAAAGAUCCGACCAGUCAAUAUAGAAAAGAGCUUGUCACAUUGGUCAAGAAAGGAAAGGAUAACAAGAUACUAAAUAAAAAAAGAAGCCCUAUAUUUGGUUCCGGAUGUAUGCAGAUUACCAAUUAUCUAUACCCUACCGAAGAUGCAUAAAAGACCCCUUGAAUCCACCAGGGCGACCCAUUGUUAAUGGGAUACAAUCUGUUAUGUCUAGGAUGGGUCAAUACAUCGAUUUUUUCCUUCAACCCCUGGUUAAUAAAACUAAGGCCUAUUUGAGAGACACUAA